GCGUAUCCCCUAAAGUUUCUCCAAGAAAAUAAAAUGUCUCACGAUCACCACGAUCAUCACAAUAUGGGCCACGAUGGACACGACAUGGGCGCGCACGGUGCCAGCAUGGAAACCACUACGAUGCACGACCACGCAGCCAUGUCUACUGGUCAUAAUCACGGCGGAUCUGACGGUGGAAUGAUGAUGCAGAUGUCCUUUGAGGCAGGUUACGAGGCCGUUGUCCUGUUCCAGGGAUGGGACAUUCAAACUAUCGGUGCUAUGGUCGGUUCUUGUAUCGGCAUUUUCCUGAUGGGAAUCCUUUACGAAGGAUUGAAAUAUUUCCGUGAGUACCUGAGUAGCAAACAUUAUACAUCCGUCACUUACAAUAACGUCAAAACUCCCGGUGAGGCCGGCAGUGAGACUUCUAGUCAAGUCAAUAGGACGCCAAUGAGCUUCAAGACGAGCGUGACCAGUGCGUCCCAUUACAUUCAAACGGCUUUACAUCUUCUCCAGAUGAUCAUUUCCUAUUUGCUCAUGUUGAUCGUCAUGACCUACAACGUGUGGCUCUUCAUGGCCGUCGUUUUGGGCUGCACCGUCGGCUACUUUUUCUUCGGCUGGCGCAAAGGAUUUCUUGUCGAUAUUACAGAACAUUGUCAUUAGAAAAAUGAUGCAGUUGAUGAUGAUGACGUUUCCUCUCCUUCCACGGAUCAACGGGAUCAAGUGUGUGUACAUUUUGUCACUUGUGUCAUGGGGAAUUAUUUGGUUGUAUUCCAUUCGAUUGGAUUAAUGACCGUUGUUAUUAUGGGAUUAUAUUAGUCGGUAUGACUACUCGACAAUUUGAAUAAAUGAGACAUUAUAGCAGCA